UUAAUGAAUUAAUUUUAGCAGUUAAUAUAUUAAGGAAUUAAAUACCUCACGUCAUUUGACAUCUGACAGCGCCACACCUGCAUUCUAAACAUUGGUUUUGUUUGUUUCUCUUUCGCGCGCUCAACUGUCAAGUUUGUUUGGAUUCCGUGAAGCGUUGGAAAAAAAGUGGUGAUGGAUAAAGUGAAAUUUACGGAGAAUGCAGAAAAGAUGUGAUCCGCUGAACGAUGGCUUUGCUGAGGGGAACGGAGAAUUAUUCUUUAAGCAUGCACCCAACCUGUUCCGCGCUCGGAUCGCACACAAUCUACGCCAAAAUCCUGUGUCCCCGCUGGACGGUGCCCAUCAGCCGGCUGCUGACCGAGAUGACCGGCCUAGAGCGAGUGCCAGCCGCACUGCUGGCCUCCCGGUAUCUGGUCACACAGCAAACGAAUAACGGUUCCGCUAAAAAGGACCUGGACGGUCCCAUUGAACCGGUUGUGAUAAAGCCGGCGGUGAAACGACCGGAAAUGAACGACGUUUGCCAGUGGAUGAUGACGGCGGGCCGGAUGGGCGGGCGGUGCCCUUUCAGAAGAACCUGGACAGGCAGCAGCUGAUGCAGACGUGUUGCUUAAUGGGAAUGGGUGGACGCAGCAGCAGCGAAGCAAGAAGCAGAACAAUUUGGACGAGGAACGGCUCCAGAUGGACGAAGCGGAGAUUUUUUCUUUAAGCAUGAACCCCACACGGCAGAGUUGUUGCGGAUGAUUACGGUGGAACCUAUGCUGAGGAUUCUGAACCGGGCAUGGUGAUGUACCUGACAAAAUGGCGAUGAGCAGCUGGAGAACAAAACGGUGCUGCUUCCCGAAGGAUUGAAAGGGCAAACCGAAGUUUCUUCUUUCUUAGGACUAGACAAAAUCAAAAUAAAGCGGAAUAAUAUUCUUUAGUGUUGUGUGGAUAUUACGUUGCGUGGUGAAAAUGCAUUUUUAUUAGCACAAAUAA